AUGGACCAUGUGAUAGCAUUGCGGGCGUGUGGAUUUCAACCUCCCCCAGAUAAUAUAGAGAUCCUACUGCUACAAACAUCCUAUGGGGAACACCACUGGACACCACCCAGAGGUCAUGUUGACCCUGGAGAGGAUGACUUGACCACUGCUUUGAGAGAGACUCAUGAGGAAGCAGGUUUGGGUAAAGAUCACCUGCGCAUGGUAGAUGGCUUCCUGCAGAGGUUGCACUAUCCGGUGAGGGGAAAGGACAAAGAGGUUCUCUACAUGGUGGCUGAACUCUGUGACCUGAACACAAGGGUCAUCCUCUCCGAAGAACACCAGGAUUAUCGCUGGGCCAAACUAAAGGAAGCCUGUGAACUGGCAAAAUACCAGGAUUUACAGGACACACUUACAGCAGCGCAGCGGUAUAUAGAGACAGACGGCAAACAGUAA